GUCAGUGCGUUAACAGAAUUAGUUGCGAGAGGAGUUUAACAGCGAUUGUCACUGGGGAUUGGUUUAAACCAGGUUCAACGUAGAGGAUCCUGGACAGCUCAGUGCGUUACCGUCUGUUGCCACGACCAGAUCCUUUCAACCGAGUUUUCGCGGCAAAGUAUCAAAAUUCUUCCACCGAGCAGCAGUAUCCCAUCGAGUACCACAAUGUUUACCAAAGUACUCAUCAUCAGCCUGUUCAUCUGUGCAGCAGUAAUGGGCCAAGAUGCUGAACAAAGAUCACGUGUAUCAGAUGACCAAUUAAACAUCGCUCUCAACGACCUACGUUACUUGAAACGUCAAAUGAAGUGCGCACUUGGUGAGGCGCCCUGCGAUCCCGUGGGUCGCCGUUUGAAAAGUUUGGCACCCCUCGUCCUACGUGGUUCAUGUCCCAAGUGUACUUCUGAGGAGGCCCUACAAAUAAAGAAAGUCAUGUCUCACAUUCAACGUAAAUUUCCCAAGGAGUGGGCUAAGCUUAUCAAACUGUGAGAGAAAAAUAAUCAUCGCCAUUGUCGCCCUCCAAUCCUCAACACAGCUAAAAGGAUAAAUUAAAAUAUCCCAUCAUAAAGUUGGGAUAAAAUUCGAAAUCUAUUGAUAGCACAACGCAAUGUUUUUAUCUUAGUCUCUUAGUCUUGGUCACCGUUACCGCAGAACGUCGUUGCGUUUAUUUUAACGGCAACGUUGCCGAAUAUAUUCUACACCAUUCGGACGCGUUUGGUGGGUUUUCGGCAACGUUGCAUCAAGGACCCUUUCAUUUAACGCGGAAAAAUUCCUCCGUACUUUAGGCAUAAUGGCUUCGCUCUGAGCGGAAAUGAAUUGUCGCUUAUUAAAAAAUUAUGUUAUUUUUUAUGCACGGGCUAAGUUGAGCCGUAAUAGAUUAUUUAGUUCGAUCACUUAAUCAGAUAAAAAUAAAAAUACAAAUUAAAAAAUCCCCCAUUUAGCGACCAACCUAGCACUGAUGCCCAGAAAUAGGAAUUAAGUGGAAAUCCCUUGGAAUUUCUUCAUAUUGUGAUUAAUUUACAACGACGUACUCACUAUGAAAGAAAUUUUAUUGUUUAAAAAUGGUAACGAAUUUGUCGUUUGAUUGCCUUAUCAAUAGGUUAUAAUCUCUGUGAUUCCAGUGAUCAGUUUCGCCUGAGUUCUCCAACGUUUCAAAAAUGAUAAAUAAUCGUUUUAUGUUAAUAUACAUUUAUUGUUCUGUUUGCACACGUAUUAUGUGACUAAUUAAAAAUUUUAUAUUUAUUGCACUAUUGACUGUAUUAAAAUAUUCAAGAAUC